GAGCUCCGCGACCGUGGGUGGGCAGGUGGAGCGGGGACGCCGCGCGGGUUGCUAGGGACCUGGACUGGCCCGCCCUCCCGCCACACCUCCGCCUCCCAGACCUGAGGAGUCCGGAGCUGAAAGCUGUUACUGUGCCUCUCUCCAGCAUCCGGCAGGACCGGGAGCAAGCAGAAAGGGUUCUUGUUCUGUGGGUCGAGGCCACCCAGGCAGCCCCGAGAUCCAGAAGCCUGUGUGGGGAGCCCCUGGGUGUCGGCCUGCGCCUCCCGGGAACGCAGGGCUGUUUGGAGUCCUAAAAGUGGAGAUUUCAGAAGGUGAGCGCUGUGGGCUAUGGGAUGGAUGAGGUGGAGCAGGACCAGCACGAGGCCCGACUCAAGGAGCUGUUUGACAGUUUUGACACCCUGGGAACUGGGUCUCUGGGUCAAGAGGAGCUCACUGACCUCUGCCAUGUCCUGAGCUUGGAGGAUGUGGCCCCGGUGCUGCAACAGACACUACUUCAGGACAACCUCUUGGGCAGGGUACAUUUUGACCAAUUUAAAGAAGCGCUAAUACUUAUCUUGUCUAGAACUCUGUCCGGAGAAGAGCACUUUCAGGAGUCAGCACCUGUGGGUGUCCGCUGCCAACCGGGAGCUCCGGUGUCUGUGCCACUCCUGAACACACACAGGCUGACACACUCACUUCUGACGACAGACUGCUUAGAGGCUCAGCCCAAAUAUGUUAGAGGUGGCAAGCGUUAUGGACGAAGAUCUCUACCCGAGUUUCAAGAGUCUGUGGAAGAGUUUGCAGAGGUGACAGUGCUCGAGCCACUAGAUGAAGAAGCAAAGCCGUCACACCUCCCGGCUGAUGCCUGCAGUGAGCACUGGAAGACACAGCACAGUGAGGAGUAUGAAGCAGAAGGUCAGCUAAGGUUUUGGAACCCGGAUGACCUGAAUGCUUCACACAGUGGGUCUUGCCCUCCCCAAGACUGGAUAGAAGAGAAACUGCAAGAGGUUUGCGAAGAUCUGGGGAUCACUCGAGAUGGUCACCUGAACCGGAAGAAGCUGGUUUCCAUCUGUGAACAGUACGGCUUACAGAACGUGGAUGGAGCGACGUUGGAGGAAGUCUUUCUCAGCCUUGAUCCCGAUGGUACAAUGAGUGUCGAAGAUUUUUUCUAUAGUCUGUUUAAAACUGGGAAGUCCCUCACAACAUCGGCAUCUACUCCCUACAGACAACUAAAGCGGCAUCUCUCUAUGCAGUCUUUUGAUGAGAGUGGACGGAGGACCACGACCUCGGCAGCCAUGACAAGUACCAUCGGCUUCCGGGUCUUCUCCUGCUUGGAUGACGGGAUGGGCCAUGCAUCUGUGGAGAGGAUUCUGGACACCUGGCAGGAAGAAGGCAUUGAGAACAGCCAGGAGAUCCUGAAGGCCUUGGAUUUCAGCCUGGAUGGAAAUGUCAACCUGACAGAACUGACGCUGGCUCUCGAGAAUGAACUCUUGGUUACCAAGAACGGCAUACACCAGGCAGCUCUGGCCAGCUUCAAGGCCGAGAUCCGGCACCUGUUGGAACGAGUUGACCAAGUGGUCAGAGAGAAAGAGAAGCUACGGUCGGACCUGGACAAGGCGGAAAAGCUGAAGUCUCUAAUGGCUUCAGAGGUCGACGAUCACCAUGCGGCCAUUGAGCGGAGGAAUGAGUACAACCUCAGGAAGCUGGAUGAAGAAUACAAGGAGCGCAUAACAACCUUGAAGAACGAACUCCGCCAAGAGAGGGAGCAGAUCCUGCAGCAGAUGGGCAAGCAGCGGGUGGAGCUCGAGCGGGAAAUUGAAAAGGCCAAAACGGAAGAGAACUAUGUCCGGGACCGCCUUGCCCUCUCCAUGAAGGAAAACCAUCGCCUGGAGAACGAGCUUCUGGAAAACGCGGAGAAGUUGGCAGAGUAUGAGGCCCUGACCAACAAACUUCAGCACAAUCUGGAAAAUGUGUUAGCAGAAAAGUUUGGUGACCUCGAUCCCAGCAGUGCUGAAUUCUUCCUUCAAGAAGAGAGGUUGGCGCAGAUGCGAAAUGAGUAUGAGCAACAGUGCAGGCUUUUACAAGACCAAGUGGAUGAACUUCAUUCAGAGCUAGAAGAAUAUCGUGCACAAGGAAAAAUAUUAAGGCUCCCCUUGAAGAACUCGCUGUCAGAAGAACUUGACCUUCACAGUGGUGGCAUUGAUCCCGACCAAGGGCUCGGUUCUGAAGAAUGCAAUCCCUUGAAUAUGAGCAUCGAGGCAGAGCUGGUCAUCGAGCAGAUGAAAGAACAGCAUCAUAGGGACCUGUGCCACCUCAGACUGGAGCUGGAAGAGAAGGUGCGCCAUUAUGAGAGGCAGCUGGAUGAAACCAGGGGGACCUGUGAAAAGGAGCAGGUGGCCAUGAAGCAAAAAUAUGAACAUGGAAUGCUCACCUUGGAGACCCAGAUAAGUGACCUUCGAGGUGAGAUUGCCGAUCUCCAAGGGCAGGCAGUGGUGCUGAAGGAGGCCCACCACCAGGCCAGCUGCCGGCACGAAGAAGAAAAGAAGCAGCUGCAACUGGUGUUUGAGGAGGAGAAGACUCAGCUUCAGGAGGAGCUGCGGCUGGAGCAUGAGCGGGAACUCAAGGCCAGGCUGCAGCAGGCCGAGGAAAGUUUUCAGCGGGAGAGAGAGGAGCUCGCUCAGGGGGCUGCCUGGGCCGAAGAGAAGGUGAGGGACUUGACGCAAAACCUGGAGCAGUCUUACCAGGAUCAGCUGCUGAGCCUGGAGGAGAAGCACGCGCUAGAGAAAGAGGAGCUGAGGAAAGAGCUCUUGGAAUGCCACCAAAGGGAACUUCAAGAGGAAAGGGAAAAAAUGGAGACAGAGUGUACUAGAAGAGUCUCUCAGAUAGAAGCCAAGUCUCAGGCUGACUGUGAGGAAGUCACUGAGCGCUGUGAGCAAAGUCUGCAAAGCCUGGAGGGGCGCUACCGCCAGGAGCUAAAGGACCUCCUGGACCAGCACCUGGAGGAGAGAGUGCAGUGGGAGUUUGAGAAGGAUGAGCUCGCUCAAGAGUUCACGGAUGCCCAGGAGCAGCUGAAGGAGGCGCUCCAGAGGGAGAAGGAGCGAGAGAUGAUGGAGAAGACGUACAAGGAACGUUGGACCAGCCUGAGCAUGGAAAGAGAUCAGCUGCUACAAGACCUGGAAGACCUACGGAACACUUCCGAGAGCCAGCACCGCCUCUUGUCUGACCAGAUUCUUGAGUUAAAGAGAAGUCAGGAGAGAGAGCUGAGGGAACAACAGGAGCUCUGCCAAACAGGGUCCUUUGAGCAGCUGGCCAGCCAGCAGCUUGAAAGGCUACAGGUAGAACGAGAGAAAGAGAGGCGGGAAAUGCUAGGCAAGCUUGCGGCCCUGGAGAGCGCCCAAAGAGUGAGUCGUGAGCAAGCAGAUCUAGAGAAGGCAGAGCUGAGUGCAGAAAUCCACAGGCUUCAAAAUGCAGUCAAGGACAUGCAACAGGCGACAUCUCUCUCCGUCUUUCAGAGUGCUCAUUCCCUGGGAAUGGCAGGGGAGGAGGCAGAAGGAAAUGGGGCCAUGUCCCUGCUCCAGCAAGGCGAGCAGCUGUUGGAAGAAAAUGGAGACGUCCUCCUCAGCCUGCAGAGAGCCCAUGAGCAUGCAGUGAAGGAAAAUGCAAAAAUGGCUACUGAAAUUUCCCGAUUGCAACAGAGACUGAAAAAGUUGGAGCCAGGGUCAGUGGUGUCGUCCUGUUUGGAGGAGCAAAUGGCCGAGAUUUCUGGAAGUUCCAGGGAGCAGGCAGAGCCAUUUUUAUCACAAAUAAAGCAAGGAGAAAGUGCAGCCGCUAAGCACGUUCUCAGUGACCUAAGAGCGUGCGAGGCCCAGGACCUGGGAAGUACAGGGACAAGCUCUGUACGGAGGCAGGAGGGCAAAAGCGAGGAGUCGGAAAUUUCCCUGGAGUGCCUCUCUGAGCUUGGAAACAGUGAAGACACCAGGAUGGAAUCCUGGGACCUGAAGAGCCAGAUCAUUCAGCUUCAGGAGCAACUAACGGUCUUGCGUGCAGACUGCGAUCGGGCUUCAGAAAGGAAACAGGACCUACUCUUUGAUAUCUCCGUGCUGAAGAAGAAACUAAAGAUGCUCGAGAGAAUCCCCGAGGCAUCUUCCAGAUAUAAGUUGUUAUAUGAAGAUGCCACUAGAGAGAACGUCUGCCUCCAGGAGGAGUUGAGACUCAUGGAGACACGCUACGAUGAGUCGCUGGACAGCAACAAAGAGCUCACUACUGAAGUCUUCAGGCUGCAGGAGGAGAUGAAGAAAAUGGAGGAGGUGAUGGAAACGUUCCUUAGCCUGGAGAAGAGUUACGAUGAGGUCAAAAUGGAAAAUGAGGAGCUCAGUGCUCUGGUGUUGAGACUUCAAGGGAAGAUGGAGAAGUUGCUGGGAGGAGCCCCUCUGCACUAUGACAGCUACCCCUUGUGGGACACCCCUUCAGAAAACCUGGAGGUCAUCUCUGAUGAAAAUGUGCUUGAACUCCAUCCGACCCCAGAAGCGUGCACACCCAAGGUCACGAGCAUGCACGUCAUCGAAGAGCACAGAGAGGAAACCAAAUGCUGUGAGCAGGGAAGCAUGCGGCUCCUGGCUCGAAUAAAAGCGCAUGAAGUUGCCUGGUCCCACGGGACAACUCAGACCCAUCACGAGAAGCCCAGUGUGCAGAAUCAAGUCACCCUGGAGGAGAGGGCUGCUCUCCCUGGUCUCCAAGGCACACAGCGUCACCAUCAGGUCACAAUCGCAGAACUAGGACUGGAGAAGCAGAAGCUACAGGAGCUGACUAGAAAGUUGAGGGAGCGAGUCAGUACAUUGAUUAAACAAAAAGACUCGCCUUCUCAAGGAGAGAAGGAGGAGGAGCUGAAGGCAAUGAUGCAGGACUUGCAGAUCACGUGCAGUGAGAUGCAGCGGAAAGUUGAGCUUCUGAGAUAUGAGUCUGAAAAGCUACAGGAGGAAAAUUCUAUUUUGAGAAACGAGAUUACUACUUUAAAUGAAGAAGACACCAUCUCUAACGAGAAAUCAGAGGCGUUCAAUGGAUCUCAGGAGGAACUGUGGCAGAAAAUAGAAACUGUAGAACAGGAAAAAGCUUCGAUUCAGAAGAUGGUAGGAAAAUUGAAGAAACAGGUUUCAGAUUUAAAAAUCAAAAACCAACAGUUGGAUUCAGAAAAUACAGAACUCAGCCAAAAGAACUCCCAAAACAAGGAAGAGCUGCAAAAACUCCAUCAACGUCUGGCAGAGAUGCUAUGCCAGAAGGAGGGCUCAGGAGCUUGCUCCUUGGAGAGAUGGGAACAAGAAAACACAGCUCUGAGGGAAGAGCUGGACCACUACAAACUGCAGACUUCCACUUUAGUGGCUUCUCUGGAGGCAGAGCUUUCUGAAGUUAAGCUGCAGACUCACAUUGUGGAACAGGAAAACCUCCUUCUCAAAGACGAACUGGAGCAACUGAAGCAGCAGCACAGAUGUCCUGACCUCUCCGACUUCCAGCAAAAAAUGGCUAGCAUUCUAAGCUACAACGAAAAGCUGCUGAAGGAGAAAGAAGUUCUAAGCGAGGAAUUAAACAGCUGCACUGAUAAGUUGGCAAAGUCAAGCCUUUUAGAGCACAGAAUCGCUACAAUGAAGCAGGAACAGAAGUCCUGGGAGCAGCAGAGUGAGACCUUGAAGUCACAGCUGGUGACCUCCCAGGAAAAGACAAUUGUUCUUACCAUGCAGGUUCAGAAUUUAGAAGAUAUCCUGCAAAAUGUAAACCUUCAGAUGUCCCAGAUUAAAUCAGACCUCCAGGUGACUCAGCAGGAGAAGGAGGCUUUGAAGCAAGAAGUGAUGUCUUUACGCGCACAACUUCAGAACGCUUGUGACAAGGACUGGGUCUCAGAAACAGCCACCCAUGGCCAGCAGCAAAGGCUGUCCUGGGACAAGCUGGAUCAUCUGAUGAAUGAGGAACCGCAGCUGCUUUGUCAAGAGAGCAAGAGACUCCAGACAGCGGUGCAGAACACCAAAGCAGACCUCACACACUCCCGGGAGAAGGUUCGCCAACUGGAAUCCAACCUCCUUCCCAGCAAACCUCAGAAACAACUCCACCAGUCAUGUACUGUGAAACCCAUAGAACAAGAAAAAUUGACGUUAAAGAGAGAGUGUGAACAGUCUCAGAAAGAACAAUCUUCUACUAGUAAGAAGGUUGGUCAGAUGAGUUCUCUUGAGCGAGAAUUAGAAACAAUCCACUUGGAAAAUGAGGGUCUGAAGAAGAAACAGGUGAGACUGGACGAGAAGCUAAUGGAGAUGCAGCCCCUGAAGUCCACUGUGACGCUUAGCCCACCCUCUCACUGGGAUCUGCAGCUGCUUCAGCAGCAAGCCUGUCCGAUGGUGCCCAGGGAGCAGUUUCUGCAGCUUCAACAGCAGCUGCUACAGGCAGAAAGGAGAAGCCAGCACCUGCAGGAGGAGCUUGACAAUAGGACCUUGGAAACCAACACACCGCAGGGAAGCCAGGAGCACCUUGUCAAUCUCAUGGAGGGACGAAUGAUAGAAGUGGAGCAGAAGCUGAAGCUGGUCAAAAGGCUUCUUCAGGAGAAAGUGAAUCAGCUCAAAGAACAGCUCUGCAGGAACACGAAAGCCGACGCCAUGGUGAAGGACUUGUAUGUUGAAAAUGCCCAUCUGUUGAAAGCUCUGGAAAUGACCGAGCAGCGGCAGAAAACGGCAGAGAAGAAGAAUUACCUCCUAGAGGAGAAGAUCGCCAGCCUCAGUACCAUCGUCAGGAACCUGGCGCCAGCGCCCCUGGCUUCUACGCCUCCUUUGAGGUCAUAGCCGUACCAAAGGAUGCACCUGCGUUUGUCUACUGUCCUGACAUCCUUGGAACACUUCAGUUCGUUCCCCGAACCCUCUGAAAACUUUCAAUGGCUUCUUGUCAAGCCUACCCGAAGUCUGCUCUGCCAGCAAUGGAAUCUGAGUCUCCGAAUGAAUGCUUAGAGGAACUCCAUAAAUGACAUAUUUCACUAUUUAAAUUACCCACGAGCAUUAAACUUUUAAAGUAUGCUCUGGAGAGCUACCAAGAAUGAAAAUAAUUUUAAGUACUUAAAACGCCAGUUUUUAAUGGGUUUUAAUUGCUAUUAGCUGUAUAUACAAUCCAGAUUCCCUUUAAGUUUGAGAUCUAGCUAGAGUGGUUAUUAUAUUAUUAUAAUCUUUAUUUUUGGAAACAUUUAAGUACUGUAAUAAUUAUGCUUAUACUAGUUUUGUUUCUUCGAAUUAAUUGGUGACUGCAGUUCUGCUUAAAGAAGGCUUGGCCAGUAGCUAGACACUGAGGUCAGAAAAGCCCCAGUUUUGUAAGAUUCUGGCUUCUGGCGCCUGUUCUCACCGCUCCUGCUAUGUAAUAGAUUCAGAACUGACUUGCUCAGCUGUACUCUUUACUGAGGAUAAAGUCUUACUUUAUUUAUUAGCCAUUUCUCCUCCUCUUAAAGCUUUUUGUUUGGGACCUUGUGUUCUUAAAAAUGGAUAAAACUGCAUUUUUAAAACAUUUGAACUAUGGGAAGACCACUGAACAGCCCACUUUGGAGUAAAGCGCCACUCUUGGAAGACAAUUACCUGGGUGUGGGUGUGGUUUCCUCUCUCCCAAGCCUUGGAGUUCACAGAACUUUGAGUUUGCGUCAAGAGCUCAGGGAACAAUUUCUAAGCUGUCUUCCUGAACUUCUUACUGCCCAGCCUCUCUAAGAAUUGGAGUUGUAUAAACCACGUGACCUUAUUUGUACUAUAUAUCAACAGCCAUAGAAUUCUUAUUUCUCUAUUUUAGUGCACUUAAUUAUCUGGAAAGGCCUUGACUUCAGAGUUAAUAACCUAUCCAAGUUAUAGAAGAGUUUUUACUGUUUGUUUAAUCCAGGUCAGGAGUCUCCUGCUUCUGGCCCCUUUGAUACCUCACUUCUGAACAUCUGAAUUUCAUACUGUGGAGAACAGUGGCAUGCCAUCCGAGGUGGAGGAGCAAUAAUGGGACUUUGCAUUUGUUCUCAAGGUCUAGGCUUAAAGAACAAUAAACCUUUUUAAGUACACACACACACACACACACACACACACACAGUGGUUGGUGGAGGACUUACUAGUUGCAGGACACUACCAAAGCGUUUUUCAACUACCUUCCUGUUUCCAAGGGGAGAGAAAUGAGAAUUUCAUGUUAUUAGAGGUACAAGAGAAAAGUAAACCAUCACACAUGGGCAGGAACACAGGAUAAGUCAAAUAGGCUGAGACGUCAGGUGAUGUGAGGCAAUCUCAAGUCAUUUCCAUUGCGACUCUUUAGGAUUCCUUGGGGCCCAACCACCUAGUCUACCAGCUCAGGGCUGCUCUCCAGGGCUCUGGCGUGGCACACACUGUCUGUGGUCCAAUAGUUCACACUGGUUUUGCACUAUUGCUACUAUCAGGAAGUUCCAAUUUUCCACAGGGAAAGAAUCCUUCCCUGUUAAACAUCUAAAUAUUUGGCAUCUGGUAUUAACGCUCCUCUACAUCCUUCUUCUCAACUACUUGUAUGGCCUUAGCUUUAUUUAGUUAAAAAAACAAAAAACCUCACUUGCCUAGGCUAGGAUCAGAGGCAAACUAGAACCUUGUGAAGUGACCUUCAGGUUCUCAAGGUCAAUGCCACUGAACCGAACAGCAAGCAUAUUUCUCCAACGCUGGCUUGCCAUGGGGUCAUGUUUGUUGUGCUUUUUUAUUUUUAUAUUAUGAAAGUGUAGAUUAGCGUUUCUUAUAAAUUUGUAUUUAUGUGUACAUAAGGUGAUGUACAAUGACUGUAAAUAGGACAUUUAGAAUUAUUUUACCCAACAUCAAAAUGCUACUCCAGUCAAAUGUUAAUUUCUUGCUUUACCCUGCUUAUGAAAUGGGGGAUAAAUAUAAAAACACCCUACAGAGGCCUAAGUUUAUACAUUUGUGCAGCAGUUUAUUUUUGAGAAACCGUUUGGAGCGGGAGUUUAGCUGGCUGCUUAGAAUGGCUUCAAGGUUUAAAGGCGGCAGACGGAAAAUACUAGAAUUCCAUGUAGUUGGACUCUCAGACUUUGCAGUUGCUCUCGCCAAAAUCCCAAGUUGUGUGUUUUAUGGUCAUUCAUAUGCUUGUCUUUUUCAUUUUUAAACUGUAUCUGAGGACAGUUCUCUAGUAGUGGUGGGACAAUGCUGGACUUGCUCAGAAGAUCUCCAUUGUUAUGCUUGCUGCUACCUUUAAAGGCCUCCUCUUUCCUUCCCCGCCUGCCCAAAGGAGAAAGGAUUUAUUUUAUCUAAAGGCCUUUACUCUUAAAGUCAAUUUGUGAAGGAAGUGAAAGAAAUAGGAGCUGUGGUUUAGAAUGAACCUCACUGUUUUCAUUUGUUUCUCUAAAACUCUAAUUCCAGCUAAGCCAUGUUUAAUGAGAAUCCCUCCUUGAAGCUUACCUGUGCUCUUUGUGUACUUGGCCAUCAGCAUGCUUUUUCAAAUAGAUCAUGAAAUCAUAGACUUUAAGGAAGAUAUCUUACAGGUUUAGUGUUUUAGCAAUAUCAAUAUUCAGGGCAGGUAUUAUUUUGGGGAAACUUU